AUGAACUCACAAUCAGAACAACAAGAACAACAAACAGUGUUCCAAGAAGAACAACAAGGGCCAACACCAAACACAGGAGCCCCAUCAGCAACUGACCUGCUGACUCAGCAAUUUCGACAAGUUUGUUUUAAUCCCGGUGCAGCUUCUGUAGUUGUUGCCACCACCCCAUCAUCCACAACAUCUGCUGCAACUGCUACAGCUACUGCUACAGCUACUUGCGGAAGUACAUCUGUUAAGCGCAACUCAUCGACUUCUACAGAUUCAGCAAAACGCAUCAGACUUGACACAACAUAUCAUCAACAAAUUCAAUCUACUACUGCCCUCAGCCAACCAACACCAACAGUAGCAGCCGCAACCACCACAACUACCAACGCUGCCACUGUUGCUGGAGCUGCUGCAAAUACACCAACCACAUCAUCUAUCACCAAUACGAACACUAUAACUAAGACGCCUAAAUUUAUUCGCAAAUUUAGGUCAAGAUCAUUACCAAUAAUAAACUUUAGUAAUCCAGCGUCUGCAUUCUAUCCCCAUUUAAAGAAGAAGCAUAACAACAAUAUAUUCAAUACCCGUAAUAACCUAGCAUCUUCAUCUUCAUCAACCACAGCAUCUUCAUCCUCAUCGUCAUCCUCAUCAUCUUCAUCAGUCAUCCCUCCUUUGCCACCAAUAAAUUUACAAUCAUUAAAGGAGAUUGAUUUGCAUGAAAUUUUAAAGAAUCCACAAUUAAGACAUGAUAUCCUCUUUGAUCCACAGUUACAAUUCAGACCUAAUUUGGAUGGUGAACGAGGUAAUCGUAAGAAAUCAUUAAUUGAUAAAUAUUGGUUAGAAAUCCAAAAAGAAUGUCAACAAUUCUUUAUAAGAACUGAUGAACGACCAAAACAAUAUAAAAUAAAUCGAUUACCGAUUUUAUUUACAACAUUAAGAGAUAUCUUGUUAUCGUUAUUACCUACUAAAGAUCGUCAACAAGUGAAUGAAAUUAUGGAUAUUGAAUUAUUAAUUCAACAAUUAAAACAUGGAUCAUUUGAUUUCGUGGAAAUGUCAAGAUGGUUAGCUGAAGUAUUUAAAUCACAUUGUGCUCCUAUGAGAGAUCAAUGGGUGAUUGAAAUGCAUCAGAAAUUUGUUGAUGCUUAUAAUUUUAAUAGUGUUUCUUAUUUGGUUGGUGGAUUAAGAAUGAUUUUUCAAAUUUUGGAAGCAAUGAAAUUAGAUGUUGCAAAUCAUCAAAUUAGAAUCUUAAGACCAGUAUUAAUUGAAACUGCGGUUGAUUUUGAACGUGAUUAUUUCCAAACUUUAAUUAAUCAUCAAAAGAUUAAUAUUAAUGAUUCUUUAAAUUGGUUUUAUAAGAAAUUUAUUAAAAAGGUUGAUAAUUUACAAGAAUUACAAAAUAUAACUGAUGGUACAUUAAAACCAAUUAUUAUAUCUUCAAUUAUUGAUUUAUUAAGUUGUAGACAAAUGGCAACUGAAUUCCCAUCAACUUUAGCAUUUGAUCAUACAAGAUUAGUAUUAUUAAGAGCAGAUGUUAGACAAUUGGUUUGUAUUCAAUUAUGUGUUGUAUUAUAUAAACAAUUGGUUAUAAAUUCUAAGAAAUCAAUGGAAUUAUUAAGUUCAACAAAUAUUGCUAAAGUUCAACAACAAAUUCUUGCAAUUGUAACGGAUGAUAAUGGAAAUAUUAAAUGGACUAAGAAUAUUCAAGCUAUAAGUUUACAAUUAGUUAAGAAUUUAUAUCCUGAAUCAUCAAUGAUACCCAAUAAUUUACCUAAGAAUUUAAUUGAUUUUAGUCAUAAUUGGUUAAUGAAACAUAUUCAACCAAAUUCUGAAGUUUAUGGUUUAAUGGAAAUUAAAAUAUUUAAAGAAUUAUUAACUGAAAUUUUAAAUAUAAUUGAUAUUGAAGAUAAAGAAUUAGAAUUAAAGACAACAACAACAUCAAAUAGUUCUAAUAAUGAAAUGAAAAAUAUUGCUUCAAGAAUUGCAACUUUAGUUAAGUUCCAUUGGAAUGUAUUUGGUAAUUAUUAUAUUGAUCAUAUUAAAUCUCAACAUAUUAAGUUACAACAACAAAGAGAGAAAACUAUUAGAACAAGUGGUGAUAAUGUUGGGGUUAUGAGACAAGAAGAUAGUAAACAAGAUACUCAAGAUAAUCAUACAUCAUCUUCAUCUUCAUCAUCACGAACAAAUAAUAUUGAUAAUAAUGCUUCAGCUCCAUUAAGUAUGUUGUCUUGA